AUGAUUGUUUCCGACUCAGCAUUUGUCUUGUACGUGGAUCAUCAAGGCCACCCGGCUCCUCUGGCAUUGUGUUAUCAUGCGACUGCCUCCCGUCGAUUGGCGUCUUCUUUGGAUCGUCAUCCUCCAACAACAGUAACAGAAGUUGAUUCCGCCUUUUGUCCCCAAUGUUUUGCUAUUUAUGAUUCCAACAGCGCGUCGAAUAUGGGAUAUUGUCCCGAAGCCAAAUGCCGAAUGUGCCCCAUUUGCUCUUCGGUGGCCAGCAUUGUAGCAGAAGAUGGCACGGCUUUUUAUAGUUGCGGAAGUUGUGCAUGGGAUUCAAAGGCUUGUGAGUUGAUUGUUCCGAUACCAGUGGACAGCGAUGGCGCUGUUGCCAAGGAAGAAUUGGUCAAGGCGAUUCAAGGACUCGGCAAGCAAUAUUCCACCAAAACGGGUGAUGCCAACAAGGCAUCGGAUACACACUUCAAGGAUAUGCUCAAGACAUUGGAAGGCAUGGCCAAGGAAAAAGUCAAGGGACAACGAUCCAGAAGUAUUUAUUCCAAGGGUACUUCGGCAGCCGAGCGACGCGGCAUGGAUGGCCCAGAAGGAUGGUCCGUUGAAACACUGGAGGAAACCAUGGAAACGAGACGGAAGGAUUUUUCUGCUUCAGCAGACUCACGUGUGGGAGGUCAAGAUCCACAAGUAGUUCCGCUGGAUCAACCAAUUGUUUUGGAUAAUUCCCUAAAGGAUGAACCGACGGAAGCUCUAUUGAUGCAACAAGUUGGAACUGGAGCUACUAGUUUUGUCGAACUCCUGCCACUGCAAGUUCCAUUGCGUCCCCGCAAAUCCAGACGUUGUCGGGCAGAGUUGGCCGAAGGACGGCCAGGAAUUCUGUUAAAGCCUAAAUUGAAUCCAUUGGAGGGUGAUUCUAGUCUCCGAACGGGUCAUGGUCAAUGGUGGAAAAAGGAUUCAAGUGCCAUUCAAGCAUUACCAAGAGCGAGAGUAUCCAAACAUGCAUCUGAUGGAACCAGACAUGCCUUUUUGCUCAAGGUGUCCAAUCCGACACUCGGAAACAUUCGAUUCCGUUUGGCUGCUUCGGACUACGGAGGAGAACCGGUUUGGGAGGGUGACUCGACGGAGCGCAACCCAAUGUUGGAGAAUAUUUGCGUAGAGCCGCUAAUGGGAAAGAUAGUGAGUGCCAGUCUUGCUCCCAAAAUUGGAAAAACCAUACAAGCAUCCACGGUCUGUGAACUAGAACCAGGAGAAGAUUCCUUCUUGGAUCUGGGACGAUCCAUAUAUGAUGAACCACCAGAAGUCUACAAAUGGAAGGCAGACGAAAUUCUAGAAGAAUCCAAGGUUUCGGCGGAUAAUCCUUCCAGUGUUCGAAUCAUUGCAAGUCGAAAAUCAUCGGCUUGGUUGGAAUUGAUUAUCAUGGAAACUCAAGUGCUUGCCGGUUUCAGCCCUGCGGUUCCCGUGUCCUUGCAAAUUGAAGUGGGAGGUGGAUCCUGGGAUUCCUCCUUGAUUCAGCCUGAGAAACAGGAUGGUGACAAGAAGGAUAUGGUGAACUUUGAUUUGGUUUUGGUGUGGGACAGUGCGUAA